CUAGUGAACAGACUUGUUGCCAACAACAACACCAGGCAUUGGAGGGGUAUCGAUGAGGUUGCUUUGAACGGUUAUUUUGUGAAGUACAACAGUGAAUGAAACGAACAUGAGUGAAGGAUGUGAAGACAGAUACUGCUUCAUUGCAGAGUGGUAUGACCCACACGCUGCUUUUAAACGCAGAUACCAGUUCAUGUACUACGUAAAGGACAAUACAGUAGAGAUGUUUGACGUUAAGAACCACAGGGUGUUUCUGAAAAGAACUAAGAGGGAUGAUCUGCGACUUGAGGACCUCUACAUCAACAGUACUGUCAAUGUUUUAAGCAGACAGCUCAAUUUUGUAGACUAUGGAGAUGAGUUUACUAGGAGGAAACUAGCCAACAAAAAAGAGAGGACACUGGGCUUAAUCAAGCCAGACGCUGUACCAAAAAUGGGCCAAGUUCUGGAUCUACUUUUUAAGAAUGGUUUUCUGAUUGCCAACAUGAAGAUGUGUCAGCUGAGUCGGAAUGAAGCUCUGGAAUUCUAUAAAGAACAUCAAGGAAAAACAUAUUUUGACACACUGUUGAGCUGCAUAACAAGCGGACCAAUUAUAGCUAUUGAGUUGAUGGGCCCAGACUGUGUAUCACAAUGGACAAACCUCCUGGGACCCACAGAUCCAGCUGCUGCCAGGGAACAGGCACCAAACUCAAUAAGGGCCCGGUUUGGGACAGAUGUUAUAAGGAAUGCCUGUCAUGGUUCGGACAGCAUAGGUUCUGCUGCAAGAGAAAUUGAAUUUUUCUUCCCCUCAAAUGGCAGCCCAGUGCAACGAAACACGGCUAAACUCUCAGAGUGCACAUGCUGUGUUAUCAAGCCACAUGCAGUCAAGUCAGGAGCUGCUGGUGAUAUCAUCAGCAAGGUGAUGGAAGCUGGGUUUGAGAUCUCCAUGCUACAGGUGUUCCAUAUGGAGAAGGCCAAUGCGGAGGAAUUUUUUGAGGUGUACAAGGGUGUUGUCCAGGAAUAUGGUGCCAUGGUCAAUGAGCUUACAUCUGGACCUUGCAUCGCAUUAGAGAUUCGUGCCAAAGAUGCACCUAGAGCUUUCAGGGAGAUGGUGGGCCCAGCAGACCCAGAAAUUGCUCGCCAUUUGCGACCCAGGACACUGCGGGCAAAGUUUGGAAUUGACAAAAUUCAGAAUGCUGUCCACUGUACAGACUUACCAGAAGAUGGAGAGCUAGAGGUUGAGUAUUUCUUCAGAAUCUUGGGUCGUUGAUUUGGAGAAAAACAGAUCGAGCAACUAGAUAUUUCCAUACCAUAUUACAUCGGACUAAGACUUGAAAAAAACAUUAUACUAAGUCUGAAGUGUUGCUGUUGAAGCAUAAAUACAUGUGAUUUUUCAGACUGCUAUAGACCUUUUUGUCCAUUGGUAAUGCCCUGGUCAUAUAGAGGAACCAACAAUCCUAUUGUGGAUGAUAACUGUCAUGAGUGAUAGAAACUGUGGAAUUCGUGAACCAAGUGUUGAAGGAGGGCAACUUUGCAGAGUUUGGGAACUUAGCAUACAUUUUUUUGAUACUGAAGACAUUUUACAUUGUAAAGCAUUAAUUCUAGAAUAUCUAUGUAUAUAAUCAUCUAAUAAAAUAUGUCAUUAAUGUAGUACAUUAUUUAACUGUCUCAUAUUUAUGAUUGCAUGUUUCUUUGGUCCAUUUUAUGGGAUGAUUAAUUGAGAUGCUCAUGAUACAAAUUCAAGCAGUUAAUGUUAAAUUUCUUUCAAGAGCAACUCAAUUCAUCAUGUAAUGAAAUUACCGAAGCAACAUUCAAUUCUUUUUAUUCCAGUUAAGAGUUAAAAAAUUGUGCAAGUCUAAUGGUUUGUGUAAAAAAAAUAUGCCGUCAUUAGAGAAUAACCAAACAGUAAGUUUGCAGCAGAUUUACCAUAAAAAAUAUUAAAAUAGGAUGAUUGAAUUAAAAUAUCUAUUUUGUCUUUGAACUUGAAAAAAUAUUAUAAAAACGCUCCCUGACUGCGCAGAAUAAUGACGAGACAGAAAUGUGUUCUUCAGUUGUGUCCCGCUUCUAUAUUCGAAUUGAACAGCCAUCUUUACAAAAUAUGUUACAGAGCUGGUUGUGACCCUUGAUAUGAACUCUACAGCUGAUUAAAAGUGAACCUUCA